CGGCAAGAAAAGAAAACCCCCAACAACAAAAACCACAACAACAACGAUCGGCAAGAGAAUUUUUUGUUUUUAUCCAAAUUUGAACAAUCGGCAAAGACAAGAAAAAACGAAAUUAUGACAUCCAUAGGAAUUAUGACACUGAGCCGUGGCCCGUACAGCGAGCUCGAUAAAAUGAGCCUUUUUCAAGACCUCAAACUCAAACGGCGCAAAAUCGAUUCGCGAUGCAGCAGUGACGGCGAGUCCAUAGCGGACACGUCCACCUCGUCGCCGGACCUGCUGGCGCCCAUGUCGCCGAAGCUCUGCGACAGUGGCUCGGCGGGGGCGUCGCUGGGGGCAUCCCUGCCCCUGCCGCUGGCCCUGCCCCUGCCACUGCCCAUGUCGCUGCCCCUGCCCCUCACGGCCGCAUCUUCGGCGGUCACCGUUUCGCUGGCAGCGGUCGUGGCCGCGGUGGCCGAGACGGGUGGAGCGGGCGCGGGAGGAGCUGGGACAGCAGUAACAGCGUCGGGAGCAGGACCAUGCGUCUCCACGUCGUCCACGACGGCAGCGGCAGCCACAUCCUCGACCUCCUCGCUCUCGUCCUCCUCCUCUUCGUCAUCCUCCACGAACUCCAGCACCUCCUCCGCCUCGCCGACAGCUGGAGCCUCCUCCACGGCCACCUGCCCCGCCAGCAGCAGCAGCAGCAGCAGUGGAAACGGAAACGGAAGUGGGGGCAAAUGUGGUAGCAUCAAGCAGGAGCACACGGAGAUACACUCGUCGAGCAGUGCGAUUUCGGCGGCCGCCGCCUCAACGGUGAUGUCACCGCCGCCCGCAGAGCCGACGAGAUCCAGUCCAGUCACGCCCGAGGGGGGCGGACCAGCUGGCGCCGGAAGUGGAGCAACGGGAGGCGGAACCACGAGCGGCGGAUCAACAGCUGGAGUGGCCAUCAAUGAACACCAAAACAAUGGCAAUGGCAGCGGCGGGAGCAGUCGAGCCUCUCCCGAUUCGCUGGAAGAAAAGCCCUCUACUACAACGACCACGGGUCGUCCAACGCUCACGCCCACGAAUGGGGUGCUGUCCUCCGCCUCGGCGGGCACGGGGAUUUCCACAGGAAGCAGCGCCAAGCUGAGCGAGGCCGGUAUGAGUGUGAUACGAUCCGUUAAGGAGGAGCGCUUGCUCAACGUAUCCAGCAAGAUGCUGGCGUUCCAUCAGCAGCGGGAGCAAGAGACUAAAGCAGUGGCGGCUGCAGCAGCAGCAGCAGCGGCAGGGCAUGUGACGGUUCUAGUGACGCCAUCGCGCAUCAAAUCGGAGCCACCGCCGCCGUCUUCACCCUCCUCUACAUCCAGCACACAAAGAGAAAGGGAACGGGAACGCGAUCGAGAGAGGGAACGCGAAAGGGAACGCGAGCGGGACCGGGAUCGGGAACGGGAGCAGUCCAUCAGCUCCUCGCAGCAGCACCUAAGCCGGGUCUCCGCCAGUCCACCCACUCAGCUGUCCCACGGCAGCCUGGGACCCAACAUUGUGCAGACGCACCAUCUUCACCAGCAACUCACACAGCCGCUGACGCUGCGCAAGAGCAGCCCGCCCACAGAGCACCUGCUCAGCCAGUCCAUGCAACAUCUCACCCAGCAGCAGGCGAUCCACCUGCAUCACCUACUUGGCCAGCAGCAGCAGCAGCAGGCGUCGCAUCCCCAGCAGCAACAGCAGCAGCAACACUCGCCCCACUCCCUGGUGCGGGUGAAAAAGGAACCGAAUGUUGGUCAGCGGCACUUGUCGCCGCAUCACCAGCAACAGUCGCCGCUCCUGCAGCACCACCAACAGCAGCAGCAGCAGCAACAACAACAGCAGCAGCAGCAUCUGCAUCAGCAACAGCAACAGCAGCAGCACCACCAGCAGCAACCCCAGGCACUGGCCCUGAUGCAUCCGGCUUCCCUGGCGCUGAGGAACAGCAAUCGAGAUGCGGCCAUUCUGUUUCGGGUAAAGAGCGAAGUUCACCAGCAGGUGGCCGCCGGGCUACCGCAUCUGAUGCAGUCCGCUGGUGGGGCAGCGGCCGCCGCCGCAGCAGCAGUGGCCGCGCAGCGAAUGGUAUGCUUCAGCAAUGCCAGAAUCAAUGGCGUGAAGCCGGAGGUGAUUGGAGGACCGCUGGGCAACCUGCGGCCUGUGGGCGUCGGUGGCGGAAACGGAAGUGGCUCCGUGCAGUGCCCCUCGCCACAUCCAUCCUCCUCGUCGUCAUCCUCGCAGCUGUCGCCGCAGACACCCUCCCAGACGCCACCCCGUGGCACGCCCACCGUCAUAAUGGGCGAGAGCUGCGGGGUGCGCACCAUGGUCUGGGGCUACGAGCCUCCGCCGCCCUCGGCGGGCCAGUCCCACGGCCAGCACCCGCAGCAGCAACAGCAGUCGCCCCACCACCAGCCGCAACAGCAACAGCAGCAGCAACAACAGCAGUCGCAGCAGCAACAGCAACAGCAGCAGCAACAGUCUAUGGGCCAGCAGCAGCACUGCCUCUCCUCGCCAUCAGCGGGGUCACUGACGCCCUCCUCUUCAUCCGGCGGUGGUUCGAUAUCUGGCAGCGGAGUGGGCGGACCACUCACGCCCUCCUCGGUGGCGCCGCAGAACAACGAGGAGGCCGCCCAACUGCUGCUCUCCCUGGGACAGACACGCAUCCAGGACAUGAGAUCACGGCCACACCCCUUCCGCACACCGCACGCCCUUAACAUGGAGCGGCUGUGGGCGGGCGACUACUCGCAAUUGCCGCCCGGCCAGCUGCAGGCUCUGAAUCUUAGUGCCCAGCAGCAGCAGUGGGGCAGCAGCAACUCCACGGGUCUUGGUGGCGUAGGCGGCGGCAUGGGCGGACGCAACCUGGAGGCGCCGCACGAGCCGACCGACGAGGACGAACAGCCGCUCGUGUGCAUGAUCUGCGAGGACAAGGCCACCGGCCUGCACUACGGCAUCAUCACCUGCGAGGGGUGCAAGGGCUUCUUCAAGCGGACGGUGCAGAACCGACGAGUCUACACCUGCGUGGCGGACGGCACCUGCGAGAUAACCAAAGCACAGCGCAACCGUUGUCAGUAUUGUCGAUUUAAGAAGUGCAUCGAGCAGGGCAUGGUGCUGCAAGCCGUUCGCGAGGAUCGCAUGCCGGGCGGUCGCAACAGUGGCGCCGUCUACAAUUUGUACAAGGUGAAGUACAAGAAGCACAAGAAGACUAAUCAGAAGCAGCAGCAGCAGGCCGCCCAGCAGCAGCAGCAGCAGGCGGCGGCGCAGCAGCAGCACCAGCAACAGCAGCAGCAUCAACAGCACCAGCAACAUCAGCAGCAGCAGUUGCACUCGCCGCUCCACCAUCACCACCACCAGGGCCACCAGUCGCACCACGCGCAGCAGCAACACCACCCACAGCUGUCGCCGCACCACUUGCUGUCGCCGCAGCAGCAGCAACUUGCCGCCGCAGUGGCAGCAGCUGCGCAGCACCAACAGCAACAGCAGCAACAACAGCAGCAGCAGCAGGCCAAGCUGAUGGGCGGCGUGGUGGACAUGAAGCCCAUGUUCCUCGGCCCCGCUUUGAAGCCGGAGUUGCUCCAAGCACCCCCCAUGCACAGUCCGGCCCAGCAACAACAACAGCAGCAGCAACAGCAGGCCUCGCCGCAUCUCUCGCUUAGCUCGCCGCACCAGCAGCAGCAGCAGGGACAGCACCAAAACCACCACCAGCAACCAGGUGCAGGUGGCGGAGGAGCUGGGGGAGGAGCUCAACUGCCGCCGCACCUGGUGAACGGAACGAUACUGAAGACGGCCCUAACCAAUCCCAGCGAGAUUGUACAUCUGCGCCACCGUCUCGACUCGGCGGUCAGUUCGUCCAAGGAUCGACAGAUCUCGUACGAGCACGCCUUAGGCAUGAUCCAGACGCUGAUCGACUGCGACGCGAUGGAGGACAUAGCCACACUGCCGCACUUCAGCGAGUUCCUGGAGGACAAGUCGGAGAUUAGCGAGAAACUGUGCAACAUCGGCGAUUCCAUAGUCCACAAACUGGUGUCGUGGACAAAGAAGUUGCCCUUCUACCUGGAGAUCCCGGUGGAGAUACACACUAAACUACUGACGGACAAGUGGCACGAGAUCCUUAUCCUGACCACGGCCGCCUACCAGGCGUUGCAUGGCAAGCGGCGCGGCGAGGGAGGAGGCAGCAGGCAUGGUUCGCCGGCGUCAACGCCACUGAGCACGCCCACUGGCACGCCGUUGAGCACACCGAUACCCUCGCCCGCCCAGCCACUGCACAAGGACGACCCGGAGUUUGUCAGCGAGGUGAACUCGCACCUGAGCACCCUGCAAACCUGCUUGACCACGCUAAUGGGCCAGCCGAUAGCGAUGGAGCAGCUGAAGCUGGACGUCGGGCACAUGGUGGACAAGAUGACCCAAAUAACCAUCAUGUUCCGGCGAAUCAAGCUCAAGAUGGAGGAGUACGUCUGCCUAAAGGUUUACAUACUGCUGAACAAAGCAGAAGUGGAACUGGAGAGCAUCCAGGAGCGGUACGUCCAGGUGCUGCGCUCCUACCUGCAAAACUCCUCGCCGCAGAAUCCGCAGGCGAGGCUCAGUGAACUGCUCUCCCACAUACCAGAGAUCCAGGCUGCGGCCAGCCUGCUGCUCGAGAGCAAGAUGUUCUAUGUGCCCUUCGUGCUCAACUCGGCGAGCAUAAGGUAGCAGAUGCUUGAGCACGGACUGCUGCCCACCGCCAACCAUCAGUCGGCGCCACCACCUGGUCCUGAUCCCAUCCCGGAGCGGCAGCAGCAGCAGCAACAGGAGCGGCGUCGAAGCAGGCAGCAGCAGCACCAGUUGCUGCGCAACCUGCCCAAGAUCAAGAUCGAGAUCGGUAUCCAGCGCGAUCCGGAGGAAGAGGAGUCGGAGCAAGAGCAAGAGCAGGAGCCGGAGCAAGAGCAGGAUAAGCAGUUCCGACCCUCAGCCGCAUCCACGUCCAUUUUGAAGACUUCACUGCUGAGCGGAGCGGCGGCCACGUUGGCUACCUUGACGGCGGCAGCCGAGCAAAUAGCCCGUUCCUCGGCCAGCUGCGACACUGCCAGGGAUUACUCCCAAAGCAGCAAUAGCAGCAGCAAUAGCAACGCUGCCACAGGAGCAACAGGAACUAUGGCCAGCGGCAGGACAGGCAGCAGCAACAGUUUAGAAGAGAGCAAAAGACUUGAGCAACAACAACAACAGCAGCAACCACAACAGCAUCAGCAGCAACAAUAUACAUCAAUACUACACACGGCCUUAAUGUCACAGCGUUCCAUGCCAUCAGCGACAUCAGCUACAUUAGCAGCAGCGGCGGGCACAUCGACGCCGACGACGGCAGCAACAACAUCGCCUACGCCUGCGCAUGUGCUGAAAACAGCGGUGACCUUAGCCAGUCUAAGUGAGAUAGCCACAGCACGUCAGCAGCAGCAGGAGCAGCAGCAGCAACAGCAGCAGCAGCAGCAAUUGCUGGCGAUGCAACAGCAACAGCAACAGCUAACGAAACUGCCCAGAAGGAUAAUCAACUUUGGCAGCAACCACACUGCCAACACUGCCACCAAAGGAUUGGGAACGGAAGCAGAAGCAGGAGCAGGAGUGGGCAUGGCCACAGCAACGGCAACAGCAUCAGUUGGACGCAAUCGCCAACUGGGCCUGAGUCAGGGUCAAGUGGUGAAUGUCAGGACAGCACGCCUGCUCAACGGCAACUGUUGCGGCCGAUUGCAGGCGACAGCAGGAACAGGGGCCAGCAGGGGCACCAACACUGCCGGCAGCAACACGGUCAACAUGCAGACCCAGACCGACGAUGAGUUGCUGCCGCUGUUAGCCAUGCUCCCACAAGACGCUCCCACAACAACAGGAGCAGCAGCAGGAGCAGCAGUAUCAUUAUCAUUAUCAGCCACAGCCACAUCUUCAUCAUCAUCAUCGACGAUUUCAUUAGCAACACGUGCAGCAGCAGCAAUGCAGCAGCAGCAACAAUGGACUGCCGUGUCGACGACGCCAGCAAUAGGAGUGAUGAUGACGACGACGACGACACAAUCACAAUCACGAGCAACAUUAGCACCACAACAACAGCAACUAUCACUGCCACAACAAAAGCAACAAUUUAAUACGAGAAUCAACAGAAAAACCACAAUUACAACAGCCACCACAACAGCACCAACAGCAACAACAACAACAACAACACGAAACAGCAACAUCAACUUCAACAGCAACAAUAACUAUAUGAAUAACAAUAAUAUAAACGCCGCCACUGCCAGAUCCUCUGCCUUCGCCUCCGCCUCUGCCAUGGCCACGGCCACGCCCACAGCCACGCCCACUGCCACGGGCACGCGGCCGCGACCGGCCCCGCAACCGCCCCCGCCCCCGCGCACGCCCACAGCCACCUCAGCUUCUGUUACUGUAGUUGUGUUCAAAACAAUGUUACCUGAUGACUGAAUUAUUUUAGAAUCGUACACAUAGAGCAUGUUUUAUUAUGAUUACCACUAUGAUUACCACUUACGAUUACGAUUAUGAUUACGAUUAUGAGUAUGUCUGGAUAUCAUUACCUAUUAACUAUUCAUUAGUUAUGGAUUAUCGAUUAUUACUAUUUUUACUAUUACUAUUGCUACAUGCAUAAUGUAGAGCCUAAUUGAUCUAUCGUGUAUUUUAGUUUGUCUAAUUGUUGGAUCCCUGUACUAUAUCCCACACACACUCUCACCCAUAUUUGAUCCUCACCCCCAAACAAUCCAUACACACACACUCAUACACACACACACGCAAUGCCGUUACUAAUGAAGGGUAUGCGCAUAUGCGAAGUUGAAACAUUUUAAUCAUGUAAUUUUUUUUUUUGUGUUUUUGCUAAACGGAGAUGAAAGUUAAGGAAGUCGAGCAACAGCAAUUCGAAGUGUUAAUUGAGUAGGAUUAUGAGUACGUAGCGAGUAUGUAACGAGUAUGUAAUGACUAAGUAAAGUUUACGUAGACACAAUGCCACACACAGCUAUAGCAAGCAUUAAGGAUGCGUGCAUAUGUCAGUUAUCUAUUUUUUUUUUAAACUAAAAUCUAUAUAAAGUAACGAGAGAGGAAGGAAGAGCGAAGCAGGGCGGGAGAUUCAACCACAUAAAGUAUAAAUAGUAGAGCUUGAGCCAAGUAGCUGGUUUAGUGUACAUCCGUUUUGGGGCAGGGAAGUAGAGCAAUUUGUUGACGAGACGGGGUGGUGGGGUGAGCGGUAACGAAAAUCGGUAAUGGAAGUGGAGACAAAGCGGAACCGGAAACGGAAGCUGGACUGCCAGAUCGGAAUCACACAUCAACCAUUUGAGAACUUCGCUCGCAACUCUUGCAGAAUUAUACUGUUAGAUCCUGUUAGUUAUCGAACCCAAAACUCCCAACCCACACACACUAUACCUAAGUUAAGAACGCAUAAUCACAUACUACACAUAAAUUACGCAUAGUACAUACAAAAAAGAGGAUGAGAAAAUGAGAAAAAACAAAGAUAAGGAAGAUAAGAAAGAAACGAAAGGACUUUUCUUUUGUAAGCUCGAUUGCGCAAUUGUAUAUCGUAAUCGUGUUGUCUUCGCAACCCCAAACGCCCCAUGGCGGUAUUGAUGCCCGGAUUGUUAUCGAUAUCGUCGUACUACGUUUUAUUUUGUAAAUGUAUUAAUUUUGUUGAUUUUUUUGCUGUCUGUACACAUUUUUUUUAACAACAUUUUUGAAUAAAUGUAAUUCUUGAAUA